UCCUCUUUUCUGCAUGGUGGAUAUUAUUUUUUCUCAUCCUUUCCUGGGGGCUAUGGGGGAUCAUCCGAAAAAGAAGCCCGGGAUAGCCAUGUGCGUGGGCUGCCGGAGCGAAAUCCACGACCAGUACAUCCUGAAGGUCUCCCCGGACCUGGAGUGGCACGCAGCGUGUCUGAAAUGCGCGGAUUGUAGCCAGUAUUUGGACGAGACCUGCACCUGUUUUGUGAGGGACGGAAAGACCUAUUGCAAAAGGGAUUAUAUCAGGCUCUUCGGGGUGAAGUGCGCCAAGUGCGCGGCGGGCUUCAGCAGCAGCGACCUGGUGAUGCGCGCCCGCGACCACGUCUACCACCUGGAGUGCUUCCGCUGCUCGGUGUGCAGCCGCCAGCUCCUGCCGGGGGACGAGUUCUCGCUGCGGGACCACCAGCUCCUCUGCCGCGCCGACCACAGCCUCCUCCUCGACCAGGCCGGCGCCGACCACAGCCCCCCGCGCAGCCCCGGGCACCUGCCCGCCGCCAGGCAGGGCCUCCCGCUGGCAGAUUCGGGGGGUCCCGGCCGGCAGCCCUCCCUGCGCGCCCACGUGCACAAGGCGGCGGAGAAGACCACGCGGGUGCGGACGGUGCUGAACGAGAAGCAGCUGCACACGCUGCGCACCUGCUACGCGGCCAACCCACGGCCCGACGCGCUCAUGAAGGAGCAGCUGGUGGAGAUGACGGGCCUGAGCCCCCGCGUCAUCCGCGUCUGGUUCCAGAACAAGCGCUGCAAGGACAAGAAGAAGUCCAUCCUCAUGAAGCAGCUGCAACAGCAGCAGCACCACGGAGACAAGGCAAGCCUGCAGGGCCUGACCGGGACCCCGCUGGUAGCCGGCAGCCCGAUCCGCCAUGACAGCACCGUCCAGGGCAACGCCGUGGAGGUCCAGACCUACCAACCUCCCUGGAAGGCGCUCAGUGAUUUCGCCUUGCAAAGUGAAUUGGACCAGCCCGCCUUUCAGCAACUGGUCUCCUUUUCGGAAUCCGGCUCCUUGGGGAACUCCUCCGGCAGUGACGUGACUUCCUUGUCUUCCCAGCUCCCCGAUACCCCCAACAGCAUGGUUCCCAGCCCGGUGGAGACGUGAAGCUGCCCGCCCCCCCCCUCCACGGACUUGCGCAUGCUCCUGCCCCCCUGCAUGAGUUCCUGACCUCCGAGCAGAACUCGACUCUUUAAAUUAUUUAUCUUUAUUU